GAAGAGGAUAGUAAUUGUUGGAUGCUGCCGCUUCACAGGAACCGAAUAUGGCCCGCUGCCCUCUCCAGAACAUGCCGUGACUAUCACAGUGCCUGUGGACUACGACGUGGUGGACCGCGACUACACUAUUGGAUCAUUUUUGAAAGGUUGGGCCUCAGCGAGGGACCUUCUUCAAAGCUCAGUGAGUCACACACUACACGAGUCCUUCAGGAUAUGGAGAUUUUGCCUAAUUAAGGCUUGUUUUUGGACAUCCAAAGAAGUCUUUUUGUUGCUCUUUUGGAUCAUCCUGUUGUGCUUUUUGUGGAAUUGAAGAGUUGAACCUGGAGAUAGCCUUUUUUCCUGUGGAGUACAUUCAAGUUCCAGUAAUCAGGAUCCACUGAAGGAAGGAGGGAGGCCAGAGAAGUGAUGGGAAGAUGACUGAGCUAAGAUAAAACACCAACAGCUGAAUGAAUAAAACAUUUGUAUAGGAGGAGUCGUGACAUCUGCCACAGGACCUGGUGUGUGAUGCUGUGUCCCUUCCUCUCGCUCCCGGAGACAUGCCCGUGCAGGAGAUGGCGGUGAGUCCUGUCAAGUCCCUCUACUGGGAGCAGUUUCCCCCCAUGUCCCAGCGUAGAGUCUACAGCACUCCCGUCUACCACGAGGGCCUGCUCUACGUGCUGGGGGGCUGCAGCGAGACCGGCACACCCCUGGACAGUGUGGAGGUCUUGGACGUGGAGAGCCAGACGUGGAGCCAGCUGCCGCCGCUGCCUACGGCUAGGGCUGGGGCCGCCGCCGUGGCACUGGGAGGGCAGGUUAUGGUGCUGGGGGGCAUGAAUCAACAACAGACCCCCUUGGCUUCAGUGGAAAUUUAUCACCCAGAUGAGGGCAAGUGGGAACCAAAGGCCAGCCUGGGACAGCCCUCCAUGGGUGUCACCACCGUGCAGAAAGAUGGCAAGGUGUACGCACUGGGAGGUAUGGGAGCAGACAUCACGCCACAGGCCAUUGUGAGAGUUUAUGAGGCAGAAAAGGACCAAUGGCAACCGCUGACCUCCAUGCCUACACCACGCUAUGGAGCCACACCCUUCGUAAAAGGAAACAAAAUCUACAUAAUGGGCGGUCGUCAGGGAAAGAUGCCGGUGACGGCACUGGAGGCGUUCGACCUGGAGAUGAAGAGCUGGACACGCUACCCCUGCAUCCCAAGCCGGAGGGCUUUUUCUUGCUGUGCUACAAAUGAGCGAAGCCUCUUUAGCCUGGGGGGGCUCCAGCAGCCGGGGCCGCACAACUUCUACUCCAGACCUCAUUUUGUCAGCACUAUGGAGGAGUAUGAUUUGGAUCAAGGUAUGUGGAUGAAGCCCAGUCGAAUGUCAAGGAUGCGGGAGAAGAGAGCUGACUUCGUGGCAGGAUGUCUAUGUGGACGGGUCAUUGUGGCUGGUGGUCUAGGCAAUGAACCCUCACCUUUGGGCUCCGUGGAGAGCUACAACCCAGUAAAGCGACGUUGGGAAUACGUGGCGCCCAUGCCCACUGCCCGCUGCUCGUCUGCGCUCCUGCAGACCCCCGACAUGCUUUUCGUCAUUGGUGGAGUGUCACAGGGGCCGAGCAAUGCCGUAGAAGCUCUCUGCUUACAAGAGACAGUGUGACAAUAACACAACAUCUGAUGAUUUAUUCAAUGUAGUUUGGAAACAAGCCAGAUGACAUGGAGCUAGAAAGUAUUCUCCACAUGUACUUUUCUAUCUUCAUGAUGGUACAGGCAUUUUGUUAAAGACACAAAAAGGCAUCUCUAGAUAUUUGCUGACAGAGCUGGAUUGACAAAUACAAAGACAGCUUGAAUUGUUGUGACUGACAAGAAGGAGAGACAGCUUGUCUUCUCUGCAGAAGAUGCACAAAAACGAGCAAAAAAAUACACACACUUACAGUGUACUAAAAAAAUCACAUGCCUUUGAACUGUUGAGCAUUUUUCAGAAUAAAAGCAGGGUAUUUUUGUGGAUAUUCUAAAAGGAACAUAGGGCCAUAUAUGUGUCACGCUCCCCUGCUGCUGCUGUGGCAUUGUUUUUCUAUAAUGCUGUUUUUUCUUAUGGUGGUUGAAGGAAUACUCUUGUUUUUGUUUGGAACUUAGCAUUGCUGAAGACCACAGUGUCAACAUCAGAGUCUGUCUACAGCCUGCUUGAGCAGCGGCGUAGCCUGGAUGACCAAUGCCCUUGGGCAAGGCAAGAAAAUGUAAGAAAGAUUACAACUUUUAAAAGUUUAUAAGCUGUUAUGUUUUGCGGCUCCAGACAAUUUUUCUGUAGUGGGCGAGAGGGCAAAAUGGCUCUUUUGAUCGUAAAAGUUGCCAACCCCUGCCUUAAACAGGAACUGCAUUUUUAAGAAAAUUGCAAAUGCAAAUAUAUAUAAUUUGCAAUGAUUCCGAGUACCACUGUACAUGCCUCACUAUAAGAAAGAAGAACCAGGUUAUUGGUGAUAAUUAAACAGCUAUAAUGAAAUAUGUAGUGGUAUAUCAUUACUAACUACACCUUUUAGUUGUUAAAAAAUUACUAAAAACAUUACAAGGUAUAAAGUAAUUUAUGGCUAUCUGCGGGUAAAAUUUUAACUUUCCAUUUUAACGUAUCUCUAAAUAUAUUUAACCGCUUCCCCUCAAGAAAAUAUACCCCAUUUUUAUGAAAACAUUCUGGUUGAUUUUAAGUAAAUUAACUCCUUUAUUUACCAAAUAGAUGAUGCAAGCACAGUUCUCAACUUAAAAAUGGCAAUUUAAAACCCACCCAUAACUGUGUAUUGGCCCAUGUCCCACUGGUUGGGAACCUCUGUGUUAAAGCAUCAAGGGGAAUAUACAGUGUGGCUUAAAUUAAUUUGUAAAUAUUAAAAAUUGGUGAAAAAUGUGUUCAAUUUAACAUAAGCAGACAGAUUUUUAAACCAGUCAUGAACCCUGCUACUAAUAACAGCCGCCAAGCAACACCACUGGACACUGCAAAAACUGAAAUCUAAACAGGAUUAAAUAAUCACGGAGCAUAUCAGAUAUAUUACUUUAAAAAAGCAAAAUAAUUACCAACUGAAUCACAAAUGUUGCUACAAUUAAACAACAUCAUUUCUGUGUUUUUUAGGCUGUAAGAGAAUAAUUAUAAGAGGGAUUUUAAUAGAAAUGUAGACUUUUUUUUCCGUCAUACACAUAGACCUAGAUGCACAGAAAACGUUUAUUUUGGGUAUGUCAUUUUUGAGCAUGAGUCUAAAAAAAAUUGUUUUGAACUGUUGCUUAGAUUUCUCAGAUUUUGCAGUGAACUAAAGUGUGUGACCUUCGACCACACUCACUGUGCUUCUCUUUGCUAGAAAAUCAAGCUGGCUGUGGUUGAAUUUGUUGUGCUACACCUUUAAAGUGUAGCACCCUUGAUCCUUUGUAAACACUAUCAACCAUCACUGCUGACAUGUUGUAUUUGUUCCCUUGGUUUUAAAGAACGACAGCAACACAGUGAAUUUAUUACCUCAGAUUGACACAUUUUGAAGUAGAAAUCAUCUCAAGGUGAUGCAACCUGAGCAACCUUUUGAAGCGUGAAAUUAGUUUGAACGAGACAGUCGUUGCCAUUGUUCCUUGUUUAUGUACAGGAGUGCCCACCAUUGUGAUUGUUGCAUUGUCUCAUUUUUAUGUUUUUAGGAUGCAAUAUGUAGUACAUACGGAUACAGUUAGGGUGUGCUUACACUAGGCCUAUUGUACCACGCUUCACACCUUAAGUACGUCGCAUUUUGCUCGUGUGAACACGUUGAUCCAAUGUAUCCAAGUAUGGCACACUUAAUAUCCUGAAAGAAGGGGGCUGUGGCACGGCGCUAUUGCAAGACAUGCACAGACACGAAAUCGCUCCUCCCAAGUUCUCAAUAAUAACCGAUUAUUAUUAUAACAUUUCAUAAUAGAAAUAGGAUACAAAGACAAAAAAGUCAAACGCACCUGCGACUACAUUUGUAGGAGUAAUAAAGACGUGUUGUUUAGUUAAUGGUGAUCAUGCUUUUCCGGUUCUUAAUGAUAACCGAUACGUUUCAGAAUAUAAAUCAAAUACAGACUCAAAAUAAUCCGUAAGUCAAACCCACGGGGUGCUUGCUUACCUGCAACUGUAUUCGUGUGCGUAAUAGACGUGCCAUUUCAUUAAUGUGAUUAAUCCCCGCCAGUUCUUAAUGAUAAAUGACACAUUUGACAACAGAAAUAAAAUACAAAGAGUCAAAAUAAACCAAAAGCCGUGGCACGAUUGCUGACUCACGGCUACAUUUGUGUGCGUAAUAAAGAUGUGCCAUUUCAUUCAUGCAAUUCAUCUUCACCAUUUUUUUCUGAUAAGCAACACAUUUUAUAAUAGAAUAGAAUAAAAAAUAACACAAAUAAUAAUGUGAGCGCGCCUCUCACUACUGGUAGUGUAAAUCCGAUGCUCCUACAGUUGUUCAAGUCGCAUACUGUCGAGCCGACCUAUACGUUAUCCAAAGGUGUGUAUUGCGAUGUGAGAUUUGGGGAAAGGCAAGCAAAAGUUCUUCUUGUCAUCUGAAAAUUAUUUUAAAAAUUUGUGUCCAUGAAGCAACUCACGUAAUUGUCCCACAACUCCUGGCUGCAACGCCUUACCCACAUGCUCCUUGGAACGUCUCAGUAAGUUCUCUACAAACUGCCACUGCCAAAAGCUUUAUCCUCUUUCUUCUUCAUCUCCUUUGUAAAAAAUAAUUUGGUUAAGAAAUUGUUGACUCCGGUUGCACACAAUCCUUGAAACUGCCACAAAUGCGCCAGGACUGAGACAUUGUGGCCAAUGUCUCAGUUAGGGCCAUGUGACAUUGUGUUUUUGUGUGUUUUGUUAAUGUGAACAACUACAUAAAAAGAUUGAAGUUUAACUAAGCAAACUGAAUUGGUCAUCAUACCCUGCAGUGUGGAUGUAGCCUUAGUGCGGUGCUUCUCAGUUAUUUUCUUUCAUGCCCCCACUAGGGGGCAGAAAUGUUUUACGGCCCCCCCUCCAACUUGAAACAUUGUUAAGAAACUGAUAUCUAUUUAUUCAUUUGUACUGUACAAACUGAACUCGAAACUGAAAUGCAACAAAAUGGAGAGCAGUGAAGCAUCCAAGCGUAUUUAAGUGUCAAAUUGCAUGCUGAGUACGACAAAUUCAUACAUGUUGGCAGGUCUGCACUAAUAUUGAAGGUCCUCUCUGGCUGUCACGCUCCCUCUGACAAUUCACCCCCCCUCCCCACCCACUAUUUGAGAAGCACUGCCUUAGUGUCAAUGUGCCCAUACGUACUUUAGGGAGAUGAGAGGCUGGUGCAGCUCAGAUAGAAUGCCAAUUGGUUAUUUUUGGUUCUCCAUGAUGUGCACCCUUUUGAUUGUGUUAGUAUUUAUUAUUAGACCAGCCAUCUGGAGGUUGUGCAGUGUCCUCCUCUGCUCAAAAUAAUCCCUCAAAAGAAUUGUACAGCCAUACAAGGUGGUCCUGGUUCUUUCAUUUUGUGUGUGUGUGUGUGUGUGUGUGUGUGUGUAUUUUUUUUUAAAAGCCACAGUGGCUCCAUGUUCCAUCCAUGUGGGGUUACUUUCACCAUUGAAGUAGAACCAUGUUCUUAGCCAGUGGAGGAUAAGAGAGAGCUUCAGGAUGAUUCAUUGGUAGCAGGUUGAUAGACGGCAAUUACAUGCUGGAGCGUUUAAGCAGGCCAUGAGAGGAUGAUGGUGCGCACAAGGCAGCAUCUACGUGUAUGUAAAUAGAGACUCAGGAUGAAAGACAGCUGAGGUGGCUUGGGCAUCUAGUCCGGAUGCCUCCCGGAUGCCUCCCUGGUGAGGUGUUUCGGGCAUGCCCAGCCGGGAGAAGGCCCCGGGGAAGACCUAGGACACGCUGGAGGGAUUAUGUCUCACAGCUGGCCUGGGAACGCCUUGGUGUCCUCCCAAGGAGCUGGAGGAGGUGGUCGGGGACCAGGAAGUCUGGGCUUCCCUACUGAGCCUGCUGCCCCCGCGACCCGGACCCGGAUAAGCGGAGGAAAAUGGAAUGGAAUGGAAUGAAAGACAAACUGACUCCCAUGACAGGAACUUCAGUAUACAUUUAGAGUUAGUGACAUUAUAUUAGUGUUGAUUACUCAAAAAACUACUAUUAUUUAUAACAAGGAGUUCAACCUGGGAGAAGUACGCACACAUUACAUAUUGGUGAAGAUCCAAAGUGUGGAUUCAGGAUUAUUCGUUGCUUCAUCAAUUACAUUACUUUUUAUCAUUCAGUAAUAAUUAUGUCUUUUUAAAUUUUUUGCAUAUGAGUAAAUAAUUCAACCCCGUUUUCCUCCUUUUUUUUUACUAAGCCAUAGCAGCAUCACUGCAAAGGCUUAAGUGGAAUUAUUUUCUUAGUUAGUAUUUAUUUAUAAUUAAAAAUAAUUACAUUUUAUUUAACAAUAAUAUAUUUAUUUAAUCAUAAAUGUAUUAGGAACAUGAUACAGAGUAAAUUUACAAAUGAUUUGUUUUUCUACCCCCCAAAAAUGUAACUCGAAUAGCAUUACCGCCACCUACAGGACUGAAGUGAAACUAUUUACAAGUACACUAGAAUGAUUUGUUCAUUUAUUUAUGAAUGUAUUGGCAGGUUAACAAGUCAUUCAGCAAAUUAUUUAUUUAGAAUUGUUUGUGGCAAUUUAGGACACAUUAAUUGUUAAAUGCUAAAUGUUUUUUUUUUAAACUCUUUACUAAUUUUGCAUUAUUUAUAAUUGCAAUCAAAUAUUGAUUAAAAUAUACAGUAAAUAUUUAUGACAAGUUGACUAAUUUUUUUUUUUGCCUUAUUGUUUUUUUUCCCUUUGUUAACAUUACUGCCACCCACACACACACACACACACACACCUUACCACUCUUGUAAAGAUAUUGAGUGGACAAGCAGUAGCUUUGCGUUAA